AUGGCUGAAUUAGCCAAUGAAGAAGGGAGUAAACAUUACAAGGCUGGGAAACAUUUCGACGCCAAACGAUGCUAUCAAGAGGCGACGAGAAAAGGGCUCAACGAACCGAAAUAUCCAUCCAAUCUAAGCGCCGUGCUGUAUGAACUCGGCCAGUACCAAGAAUCCAUCGCGGCCAUUCGCGAGUCCUGGACGCGCCUGAGGGCACAAAAUCCGAUAGAUGGGAAGCCAUCUACACCCAUCGCGUCGGAUCCGAUGGCCAUGAAACUCGCGACGCGUUUCGCAAAGGCCAGCACGAACGCCGUCGCCUGCAAGGUCUCGUCGCUGCACGACGUUCAUCUGUCGGGUCCAGACGCAGAUAUGGAUGUGGACAUUGACCAUUUUGCGGCUUUGAAGAGGGAAGAAGGUGGUGAUGCUAAGAUUAAAGAUUUGAAUGCAGCUUGGAGCCAGUGGCGAGGUCUCAGAGACUCUUGUGCGACGCAUACAGCUGAGGAGUGCAAUCGGCUCAAUGCAUCGGCUGCAAUGCGUCUGAGGGCGAUCCCAAUACUUAAAUUGUCCCCUGAUCCAACAAUGGAGUACUUUAGAAUCGGCCAUGAUGCUGUCCGAUCUUUGAUGAACGGACUGAACGGAUCUUCAGAUGAUCCAUACUGUCUUGACACAGCUAAAUAUGCACAUCAGCGCCGUUGGACGUUCCUCUUCGGAGGUUCUGGUGAUGGACGCCAUGUCUUCGGGACUAUGAUUCACCUUGGUGAUAUGGCCAAAAAACUGCGACGGAAGAAUGAAACAGACCGACUUUCCGUUCAUAUGACGCUCGUUGACAUCCACCCUGCUACACUUGCUAGAGUCAUCGUUAUUUUUGCUUUACUCGACAAAAUAUUAGUGGCACGUACCAAGAACGACCAAACCAGCGUGGACGAGCUCCAUUCAACACUACUUUAUCUCUAUAUAUCAAUUAUUAUGCCUGAUUAUUGCUGUCAAAUAAUUAUGGACACUUGCAAAUCUCUCGUAGAAGAUUUAAAAGGAGGGACGGGAAACCUAUUGAAAUGUCUAGGUCUUUACCUGAAUCCAGGGAGCAUCUCCGCUGUCGUUGAUAUCCUCCAGAUGUGGUCCUCACCCCUCAAAAAGUCCACCGCACUGAUGCUGCAGAGAAAUCCCACAAGAGAGAAAUUGUUCCACAGAAUGAGAAGCGAGGUACCGCUGGACCCGAUGAAGAAGUUACUUGCCGGAAAUAAAGCUUCAAAGGCGGAUAUUUACACAGAUCCUGAUGCCGAGUUGGACAUUUAUGAUCGGGUCGCAAUUCUUCUUCCUCCCAAAACGUUGCUAUCGCGGCAUACUGCAUUAGACAAACUCGUCAAAGGAUUCCGUGGAGCUAAAAAGACACAGUUUAGGGCAGCUCAAGUUGAAGUGGAACAGACUUGGAUCCCAAAUCCUACCAUGUUUGACCGCAGGACCGGAAGCCCAAAUCGCGGGUUUGAAGAUGGUUACCCACAGGAACCCUCUCACCCCUACGAGAUCUUGCCGUCAUUGGCCAAUUUUACCAAGGAGAUUAAAGGGACUCACACACCUUCGUCGAAUGGCUGCUGUGGAUUUGUCGCUUCAAGCGGAUUUUUUGACCUCGUCGCCGACGCAAUGUUGGAAUUAGAGGGAGCAAUUAAAGUAGAAAUCAUCGUUGGAGACGUGAUAACAGGCCUGCCAAAGCUUCUGAACGGGGAUCUGGGCGUUCGCCCAAACGAUUUUCCACAAUGCUACUCGCGCAUGUUUUUAAGCAAUGUCCCGGAUUACACACACGGAGUUUUGAACACUGCAGUACAUUUGGUACCGUAUGUUGAAACCAAUGAGUUAGUAAUGUCGAAUUGCAUGGUCAAUCCCGGCGCUUUCACUUCGAUUGGCGACUUUUGUUACAACUAUACACUUUUAAAUGCGCAAGACCUGCCGCGCUUCCUCGGUUGCGCUAUUUUAAAUCCCUCUCGUUUUAUCUUUGACGACAUCGCACUGCAGAAUCUCCCUCUUCCUCGUAAAUUGGAUGAAUUGGCCUCCAAACAAGAACUCCAUGCCUGGUUGGCUCAUUUGCUUUUAUGUAUACUCUGUAACGCUAGGCCAGUGCACGCACCCAUGCGUAUCUAUCUCCCAGCCAAUCUCGGUUCUUACCUGAACGUACUUGUGCACCUACACCGCGUUGGAUUCCCGUCCCAUUGGAUCGGAGAUUUCUUACAGUCCGUUAUCUCAGAUACUCUCAUUACAGACGUUCUACCUUAUGAAGGGACUACUCCAGUUCUGAGUUCUGAGGCUAGAAAACGGAUGUCCCGACCUCGAAAGGUUCACCUCAAAGCUUGGCAAGCAGAUCUCCAAGUCAUGUUGGCCGAAACGAGACAGGCACUUCCGUUUCCAGUCUUUCUGCCUUCAGAUUACCCCACGCUUCCAGAUGUCAAGACCUUUAAAUCAAAAAUCAAACCGUUCAACCUUGAACGAGAUUUCAGGAUUUACAUGUGGAGAGAGCUUAUCUCAAACUUCUCAAAAAUUGUUUCCCUCCUGUUUUUCAAACCGACGUCUCAUGUUGAUGCUGAUUUUUUCGAGGAGAAUAUCUCAUCCAUCAUCGAAGGCCAUAAGGAGCUUCUAAAUGUUCAGGUACAAAUUCUGUUGAGUCAAGAGAGCGUAGACUUCAACAAGGGCGAGAUUUCUUGGAAACUUGGUCAAGGAUGGUAUGACAAGAUGAAGCACGAGAAGUGGGUCAUGACCGUCUAUAGGACCGAUCUAAAUGUCCAUGUCACCGAACCUGUUGAAGCGAGUCAAUGGCUCCAAAUUUCUUGA